CCCCGACUUCCACCUCAUUCUAUCUCUGUGUGUGCGUACUAUACGUGCGAUAUAUACGUUUCGGACUGUGUGACGUUAUGUGUUUCAUCGUGUGAUGUGACUGCGAAUCCAGAGAUCAUGGACGAAGUCAUUUCAGGAGGGUGAGAUGGAUCGUUGUGGCGAGGUGGAGGAGCUGCAGGGGAAGGCGUUUCAUUAGACGAAUCGUGUCUUUUGGCGACGAGGAACAUGCGGGAAGACUUGCUGCUUCCGUUUCCGCUAGUCUUCUUUUCUUUCUUCCAUCUCGGACAAGCCAGUUUCACCCCAGGAUCCUGGCUGAAUCUGGGUAUGCAAGGCUACCAGGUAUUGGAGAAUGGAGUGGAGGUAAAGGCAAUCGGAAUGCAGCCUGUGUGCACAAGAAUUCCGGGACUGAGUCGGGGCCAGGCCCGUUUGUGUCAAUUAUAUCAAGACCACAUGAGUCACGUGGGACGUGGGGCCCGGACCGGCAUUUCUGAAUGUCAACAUCAAUUCCAAUACCGACGAUGGAAUUGCUCUACAGUCCACGACUCCUCCGUCUUCGGGCCGCUUCUACAGAUCGCGAGUCCCGAGGCGGCGUUCGCCCACGCGAUAGCGGCGUCGGGAGUGGUUCAUGCCGUGUCCCGAGCGUGUCGGGACGGGGAACUGAGCACGUGCACCUGCUCCAGGGCCAGGAGACCCAUGGAUCUCAACACGGACUGGAUCUGGGGUGGCUGUGGUGACAACAUCGAAUACGGAUACAAGUUCGCUCAAGAGUUCGUGGACGUGCGAGAGAAGGAGAAGAAGCAUGACAAAGGCUCCCAUGAACAAGGAAGGGUUCUCAUGAACCUUCAUAACAACGAGGCUGGCAGAAGGGCGGUAGUGAAGAAGACGAAAGUGACAUGUAAGUGCCACGGGGUCUCCGGUUCGUGCAGCCUCAUCACGUGCUGGCAACAGCUCGCAUCCUUCAGGGAAAUCGGAGAUUACCUGAAAGACAAGUACGACGGGGCGACGAAGGUGAAGGUGAAUCGGAGGGGAAAACUUCAAGUUGCAGACCCUACCUUUUCCAUUCCCACGGCCUACGAUCUCGUCUACAUGGACGAUCCCCCCGAUUACUGUCACAAGAAUGACACCAUAGGAGCCUUCGGUACGGAAGGGCGGGGAUGCAACCGAACCAGUCUGGGGACAGACGGAUGCGACAUCCUGUGCUGUGGACGAGGUUAUAAUACCCGACAGAUAUACUUGGAAGAACGCUGCAAGUGUAAGUUCCACUGGUGCUGCUACGUGGAGUGCAAAACGUGUCGGCGCCAGGUCAGCAUCCACACGUGCAAGUGAACGGAACAGACGGGUGUUGAAACACCUCAGAGGUGCGCUUUGAGAAAAGCUACGAUGGUUCCACUGGUGCUACGGAUGAGCAUCCACACAUGCCAGUGAAUUCCUGAUCGUUUUUGUUCGGCCAUCUCACAGUAUGUGCAGCCCCAUCGUUGUUGUUGUUGCUGUGUAUCUGUGUAUGCGUUUAUGUGUCAAUGUUACAUGCCAGUACAAAUCCCCGGUAUCGUGUAACUCCUUUGAAGGUAUGAAGGAUGUGCAUUUCAUGAAACAAAAUACUGUACGGUACUGUAUGUUGAUAUACAGGAAAGUAAUGCAGAAAUUUAAA